AUGGGGGCACCGGCAUGCCCACUUCCCCAUAGGACAGCAGGUCAUCUUCCCGCCGGCACUGGUAGCUCUCCAGAAGGCCUCAGGUCCGGCAAGCUCGGGGAGCAGUGCGAAGCCGUGGUGCGUUUCCCCCGGCUCUUCCAGAAAUACCCCUUCCCCAUUCUCAUUAACUCGGCUUUCCUCAAGCUAGCUGAUGUGUUCAGAGUUGGGAACAACUUCCUGAGGCUGUGUGUGCUCAAAGUUACUCAGCAGAGUGAGAAGCACUUAGAGAAGAUCUUAAAUGUGGAUGAGUUUGUGAAAAGAAUUUUCUCAGUAAUUCAUAGCAAUGAUCCAGUUGCUCGAGCUAUUACACUCCGGAUGCUGGGCAGCAUGGCAUCUAUCAUUCCAGAGAGGAAGAAUGCACAUCACAGUAUCCGUCAGAGUUUGGAUUCCCACGAUAAUGUGGAAGUUGAAGCUGCUAUAUUUGCUGCUGCUAACUUCUCUGCACAAUCAAAGGAUUUUGCUGCAGGAAUAUGUAAUAAGAUCAGUGAGAUGAUUCAAGGUUUAGCCACACCUGUGGACUUGAAAUUGAAGUUGAUCCCUAUUCUGCAGCACAUGCAUCAUGAUGCUAGCUUGGCCUCCAGUUCCCGGCAGCUGCUUCAGCAGCUGGUAACAUCAUAUCCUUCUACCAAGAUGGUCAUUGUUACUCUGCACACGUUUACCCUGCUUGCUGCUUCCUCUUUGGUUGACAUUCCUAAACAGGUUCAACUUUUGUUGCAGUACUUGAAGAAUGACCCAAGGAAGGCUGUGAAGAGACUUGCAAUCCAAGACUUAAAGUUAUUGGCCAAUAAGACACCACAUACAUGGAGUAGAGAAAAUAUUCAGGCACUCUGUGAAUCUGCUCUUCAUACUCCUUAUGACAGCUUGAAACUGGGCAUGCUGUCCGUUCUUUCAACGCUGUCGGGAACCAUUGCCAUUAAGCAGUACUUCAGCAGUGCUCCAGGAGCAGCCACUACAACUGCAAGAUCAUUUGAUUUGGUGAAACUAGCCCAAGAGUGCUGUUACCAUAAUAACCGGGGUAUUGCAGCCCAUGGAGUGAGAAUUCUGACCAAUAUAACAGUUUCUUGCCAGGAAAAAGAUCUCCUGCCUUUGGAGCAAGAUGCAGUUUUUGGAUUGGAAUCUCUCCUUAUCCUUUGUAGUCAAGAUGACAGUCCAGGAGCUCAAGCAACCUUGAAGAUCACGUUAACUUGCAUGGUGAAGUUGGUCAAGUGCCGUCCCCACCUGAGCCAGUCUGUGGUUGAAUCCCUGUUGACCCAGCUGCAUAGUGCCCAGGAUGCUGCCAGGAUCCUCAUGUGCCACUGCCUAGCAGCCAUCGCCAUGCAGCUGCCUGUGCUAGCAGAUGGGAUGCUAGGGGACCUCAUGGAGCUCUACAAAGUCAUCGGGCGCUCUGGGACCGAUAAAAAACAGGAACUCUUGGUCUCUCUUGCCACAGUGAUAUUUGUUUCCAGCCAGACAGCUUUAUCUUCAGAAAUCAAAACGGUGAUCAAGCAGCAGCUGGAGAACGCCUCCAACGGGUGGACAGCGUACAGGAUAGCCAGGCAGGCCUCCAGAAUGGGCAACCACGACAUGGCCAGAGAACUGUAUCAAAGCCUGCUGACUCAGGUGGCUUCCGAACACUUUUACUUCUGGCUGAACAGUUUGAAGGAGUUCUCUCAUGCAGAGCAGUGUCUGACAGGUUUGCAAGAGGACAACUACAGUUCAGCACUUUCCUGCAUUGCUGAGGCUUUAAAAUCCUAUCACAAGGGAAUAGCAUCACUGACGGCUGCCAGUACACCGCUUAAUCCUCUCAGCUUUCAGUGUGGGUUUGUGAAACUCAGGAUUGACCUUCUGCAAGCUUUUUCUCAACUCAUUUGUACCUGCAACAGCCUCAAAACAAGCCCACCACCAGCUAUUGCCACAACAAUUGCUAUGACAUCGGGAAAUGAUCUCCAAAGAUGUGGGCGUAUCUCUAACCAGAUGAAACUCUCCAUGGAAGAAUUCAGAAACUUGGCUACACGGUAUGGGGAUCUGUAUCAGUCGUCUUUUGAUGCAGACUCGGCGACUCUAAGGAAUGUAGAAUUACAACAGCAGAGCUGUCUGUUGAUCUCACAUGCAAUAGAAGCCCUAAUCUUGGAUCCAGAGUCUGCAAGCUUCCAAGAAUAUAGUUCGAAUGGGACAGCACAUGUUGAGAGUGAAUAUGAAAGAAGGAUGAUGUCUGUAUUUAACCACGUAUUGGAAGAAGUGGAAUCCCUCAACAGGAAAUACGCUCCUGUUUCUUACUUGCAUACGGCUUGUCUGUGCAGUGCUGUCAUUGCCUUGUUGAAGGUACCCCUUUCAUUUCAAAGGUACUUUUUCCAAAAACUGCAGUCUACAAGCAUUAAGCUUGCUCUAUCCCCAUCUCCGAGGAACCCUGCAGAGCCUAUUGCGGUGCAGAACAAUCAGCAACUGGCCUUGAAGGUGGAAGGAGUAGUUCAGCACGGCUCGAAGCCCGGCCUCUUCCGUAAAAUCCAGUCCGUCUGCCUAAACGUAUCUUCGGUGCUGCAGAGCAAAUCGGGACAAGACUACAAGAUUCCUAUUGACAACAUGACCAAUGAAAUGGAACAGAGUGUGGAACCACACAACGACUACUUCAGCACUCAAUUUCUGUUAAACUUUAUGAUACUUGGCACCCAUAACAUUACAGUAGAGUCCUCUGUAAUAGAUUCAAAUGGUAUUGUUUGGAAGACUGGGCCUAAAACAACAAUUUUUGUUAAAUCUCUUGAGGAUCCCUACUCCCAGCAAGUUCGUCUCCAGCAACAAGGACAGCCACCAUCCCAGCAGCAACAGCAAAGAACAGCGUACUCUCGGUUUUAACUCCUACGAGUGACU